AUGAUGAGCAUGUUGAAAAAGAAAUCAAAGUCAGAGGAUUGGGAGAAGAAAGCAGCAUCUAAUAAUUCCUCGAAUGGCUCUUCCAAGAGUAAUGGAAGUAAUGAUAUCGAUCACUCUGAUGCUGAUAGGAAAAAAGUGAAAUCUUCAUCGUCUUCAUCGUCCGGUUCAUCGUCGUCAUCAUCAUCAUCGAGUAAAGUAAAGAAGGAAAAAGAUGAUAGAGAGGAGAGCAACAACAGUAGCAGUAACGGCAAAAAGUCGUCGUCUCAAGAGAAAUCAUCGUCGUCGUCCUCUUCAUCGUCAUCCAGUAAAGUAAAGAAAGAAGAAAAGAAUGAUAGCAGUAGUAGCAGUAAAUCAAAGUCAUCUACCAACUCAUUUGUUAGCGGUACUCCCUUUAGAUAUGGACAGACUGUAUAUGGACGAAUGACAGGUUAUCCACUUUGGCCAGCAAGAAUUCACAAUCCACAAAAAUCACCGAUUAAAGUAGAAGUACAGAAAGCACAACCAAAGAAUCAAAAUGUAGUACUUUUACACUUCUUUUAUUCAAAUGAUUAUGCUUGGUUACCACCAGAUUCAGUUUUUGAUUUCAAGUCGAUUCCAAUGAAAAAGAAACCAAAUAAGAAAUCGUGGCACAAAGCAUACAAUGCAGCACUUAAAUAUAUUGAAAACAACGAAGAGUCUGGUCCAGAAGCGGAUUAUGAUUCAGAGUCGGAACCGGAACCAUCUCAAUCGGAAUCAGAGGUCAGUGAUGACGGCUCUGAAAUGACCGACGAAGCAAGUGAUAACGAUGAAAAACCUGUAGAACAAUCAAACAAUAACCACCACAAGAAUAAUAGCAACAGCAACAAGACCGAAACACCAUCUAAAAAACCAACGAAAUCAACACCGAGCAAACCAACAGCCAGCAAACCAUCACUACCACCAUCAACACCGAUAUCAUCAAAGAAAUCAUCGUCAUCCUCAAGCAACAGCAACAACAGCAGCAGCAGCAGCAGUAAAUCAAAGUCGUCGUCAUCGUCUGACAAAUUCGAAAAAUCAGCAGUAGCGGCGGCAGCAAGAAAAAGAAAAAGCUUCAGAGAGAUCAUACCGAAAAGGAAAAGUCAUCCUCUGCCAGCAGUAGUAGUAGCAGACAAAAGUAGUAAUAAUAAGAAAGUGACUGCCAAGCGUAAACAACAUACAGUUGAUUCAGACAGUUCGAGUUCCAGUGACGACAGUUCAGAGAGCGAUUCAUCUUCAAGUGAUGCCGAGUCAGAGGAGGAUGAUGAUCUCUCUAGUUUCAGCGAGCCUAGCGAAGUCGAGGAUAACAGUCGAAAGCACAAACGUCUCAAGAAGAUGAAGGACAGCACGAGCAGUUCCAACAGCAACAGCAGCAGCCGAGACAGCGGAAGUUCGAAAAAGAAGUCAUCGUCGUCGUCAUCAUCCAAGAAGGAAUCGAAAUCCGAUCGAUCCGCUUCGAAAUCAAAGAGUAGUAAAUCGCCAGUGGUUGCACCACUCUCGUCAAAAUCAAUGACAACAACAACCACUACCACUACUAUUAUCAACCGAUCAUCACCACCCAGCCUAGACUCUGUGGUUCCGUCGGUAGGAUCGAGUCGCGCACUCAGCAGUUCAGCAAGCAGCACUUUUACUAUCGACGAAACUAAACCAUAUUAUAAGGAGCCACUCCGUCAGAUCAUCUCACAACAUCCAUCAAGCGCAGCCAAGAGUAAAUCAGUCAGUCCAACUACCAUACAUUCACCGUGGUCGAUCGACACCACCGAUAUCAAUCGACCACCUCCACCACCUCAAUCGUCAACAACCGCUGGCAUUUCGCCACUCACUUCACAACAGACAGCCGGUCUCUCGAGCUCACUCCAUCCACAUCUCAGCCACCACGAAGCCUACAGAACGACAGCAAUCGAUCCAUUACUUACAUCACCCUACAAGUCGAAAUACGACGAUCUUUACUUUGGAUCGAGCAUCACAACCAGUUCACUCGGAUACUCUAGCAGCGCAUAUAAACCAGCGAGCGACUACUCACCACUUCCCAGUGCGAAGCUAGACUAUGGUCAUCUGCUUCACGAGUCACCCUAUAAACAGGUGUCGUCAGGCUAUGGACUCUCACCAACACCCGCACCAACCAACAAACUUGUCGAUCCCCUGUUGUACCCACAUGCAGGACCAGACAAUCGAUUAUCACCACCACCACCACUUCCAUCACAUCCACACAUCAAAGAUCCUUACAAUGAUGAUGAAUACAGGCGCGGAUAUGGUCGUUAUUCAGAAAGAGGCAGAGACUAUCCACCUCCACCCAUCAGAACGGGUGGAAGUCGUGGUCGUGAUGAUUAUGGACCACCACCACCAUACGAUCGCAUGGAUACCUAUGGUGAUCGUGGAAGCCGCGAUCGUUUUGGUGGACCACCACCUCCACCAUACAAACGAGGACCAGACUUUUAUGAUAGACCUCCUCGCGAUUAUGGAAGAUACAAAUAUAGAGACGAUGCUCCAUGGGAAAGAGACCGUGAUUGGGACAGAGAGAGAGACCGUGACAGACGCGGUUGGGACAGAGACAGACGUGACUUUGAUAGAGAAAGAGAUUGGGACAGAGAGAGAGAUAUGCGAGACAGAGAAAGAGAUUUACGUGAUAGAGACAGAGAAUGGGAGUUGGAUAGAGAACGUGAGAGAGACAGAGAUAGGGAGAGAGAAAGAGAUAGAUGGGGCGGACCUGAUUUUUCAAGAGAUAGAUUUAGAGACCGACCAAUGGAUCAUCCUCCUCCUCCUCCAACUUAUUCAGGUUCAACUCUACCAGAUAAACCAAAGGAAAGUAAAUGGGAUAAAGGUGUAGUAAAUGGUGUUCCAAUCAAUGUAGGAAAUAACAACAACAAUAACAAUAGCAGCAGCCACAACAACAAUAGCGGUAGUAAUCAUCCUCAUAAUGCCAGUAGUAGCAACAGCAACAAUAACAGUAGCAGUGAUUCACUUACUUCAACCUCAACUACAAAUGGAAAUAAUAUACCAAUAAAAUAA